GCAGCUGCAGUUGUUUCACGUCAAAACAAUCCGGAAGACGAUACAGCAUGACGGAACUGUUGUUGGAGCUGAGACGAGGCUGAAUUAAUAAAUAACAGUACAUUUUUAUUCAAGGUAGAGGAAUUUAAUAAUGUUGUUUAUUAGAAGGCGAACAUAGCGGCUCAAGCGAAGGUUGUUCACUGAGUUUGAAGUCGGCCAGUCCAGCUUCGCGUUUGGGAUUCAAAGUCCAUGUUUAGAUAUCGUAGCAGAGGAUCUAGAUAUUAAAGCAUUAGCUCAUCGCAGGCUGGUUCAGAGUCAUCAUGGGCAAUGGAAUGAAUAAGGUUGUUGAUGGGCUCUACCUUGGAAAUAUAAGAGAUGCAGAAAACAGGGAAAGUCUGUCCAAGAAUGGAAUCACCCACAUCCUGUCUGUGUACAACAAUGCUAAACCCAUGUUUGAGGACAUGACGUACCUUUGUAUUCAUGCAGCUGAUGCUUCCAGCCAGAACCUAUUACAGCAUUUUAAAGAGUGCAUCAGCUUCAUCCAUGAAUGUCGCCUGAAUGGUGGAUCUUGUCUCGUUCACUGCCUUGCAGGUGUGUCCCGCAGCACUACCAUGGUGGUGGCCUACCUGAUGACUGUCACCCACUACAGCUGGGACGAGUGUCUGUCUGCAGUCAAGGCUGUUCGCUCCUUUGUCGGCCCCAACUACGGCUUCCAGCAGCAGCUGCAGGAGUACCAGACGACACAAGUCUCAGAGUACCGAGCGUGGUUACGGUCCAGUUUCCGUCCCUGUCCAUUCAAUGACGAGGAGCAGGUGGGUGCCCUGCUGAGCCAGUACACAGAACAACAGGAGAGCCAGAGGAGAGGAGCAGACCAGCGCUGGAUAAAUCAAGGUGUCUCUGCUCUGCCGUCCGACCCUGAUGCUUCUGAGGGCAGCAGCUGAAACACGAGCCCUAAUGCUAAUGUCCUGCCCUAGGCUGUCUGUAAAUGGUAGUAGCUAUUAUUCUGUACUCAAUUCCAAAUCAACCCCAAGUUGUAUCCAACUUUAAGGCCUUUGUACAACUCUGGAAACAUAGGAUGUAAUAAACCCCCUUAAAAGCCAAGCAUAUCUUUCAUACUUUGUUUGCAUCUGUCUAAUUAUUUUUAAUCAAUGGAGGUUGAUUUAGAAUUGGGUUACAGACUUUAAUCCACUACCAGGACCUUCCUUACUCCCUUAACUGAGAACAGCCAAAACCGGGGUAUCGGUGCUCACAGACGCCUUACUCUAAACACCUCAGCACCUUAGCCAUAAUGAAUAAACUACACUUCCAUGUGGACUCUUUACACUGUAAUGUUCAGCACGGUAGCCUUAAAAAGUGACUGAUUAAUGUUGUCUUAAAGGAAUAUUUUGUCUCCAGUUAUGUGGAUGUUUAGUCUGUGUUGUUGGACAGUAAAAUCCACAAAUCUACAACAAGUUUGAUGCCGAUUAUUCAGAGUAGUUAUUCUGACACGUAUCUGUUUGCAUUCCUGUCCAGGUUCCUAAUGCUAUACUCUUUGAUCAACACUGCAGCUCACCAAAAUGUAUUACGUAGUACAUCCUGCUGAAAGAAAGUGCCACUGGUUUCUUGUCAAAUGUGUGAACACUUUUGACAUUGUGUGUACCAGUAAAAUACACAAUAAGCACAGAAGGGUAGUGGUUUCCUAAGCAAAUUUGCUAACUACUCACAAAUGUUAUAAAAAACAAUACAUUUAUCACUGCAGCACAUCACUGCCCAUGCGGUAAACAGCAUUUGUUUACACCCAGUUGAAUAAUCUUCUGUCAUUGCAGUUAGUACUUUUUGUUUCAUUUGGUUCCUAUUCGAAGAAAAUGUCAAUAUGUACCAAUGUCUGCAACUGAAUCCAACGCUUAAACAUAGUGACAUGAUAUUAGAAGUGGCACAAUUUCAAAAUCAAUCGAAAUGAGAUUUCAAUUUCAACAAUCAACAAAAUUUGUCGAUAUGUUCUUAAUGUAUUACAUUCCAAAUAAAAACAAGGCAGUCACAUUUUAUACAAUGUAGCCUAUCUUUUUAAAGAAGAAAUUGAAAAUGUGAAUGACGGUUGUCAGGGCAUAAAAUCUCUCUGUGCUAAUUGGUAAUUAUAGCAUUGCCUUCAGUGCUGAGAAAAAAAAGAGAAUAUAGAAUCUAAUUGUGGAUUUGGAGAAUCAUGUCAACACUUCUUGACAUUAAGUAAUACUUACAUUAAGUAAGGGAGGAAAAACUGCAACUUGACCCUGUCAGUCCCCGGCCGACAAACUUCUGUUAACUCUUAUCAGGCCGAGAGGACAAAAGAUAAAAGUACAACAGCCUAACCCGCUGUAGUUUGUCCAUCAUCAGUGGAUGUCAGAUAAACCAGGGGUGGCAGUUUUUUGUAAACUAGGCCACUUUAGUUGUAGAGGACAUUGGUCUACCAUGGCCAUUUAAAGACACAGCAGUGCCUGAAAUGGCCCAGUACUGACCAGUACUGAGGACUGGUGCUUCUAAUUUUUGUCCACUUGAGUACACUUACCUCUACUUUUCAUCAACAGUAUUAUUAAUAGGCUUAUAUUUAGAUCAAGAUACACUAUAUAUUGUUAUUUACUGGGAGAAACCAUGCAGUUCUAUGUAAAGUUAUAAAAAAAUAAAAUUAUACAUUUGGCAACCCCAUAUGGCCCAAAAGGAAUGAUCCUUUCUUUCAUAACACCCACCACUGCUAAGAUUCAAUCAAAUCAAGCUCCUUAGAUCGAAACCAUGAAAAACUUCACAAGUAAAGGUCACCCCUACAAGAUAUAUAUCUGUAUAAAUAUUAAAAUAUCAAAGUGAAAUUUGAAUAUCAUGCCAUGCAACUGCUGAAUUAGGGCACUUGCACCUUUUUUGGUCCAAUUCAUGCACUGGAACACGCAACUAUAGGAGUACUAUAUGAAGGCUGUUUCAAAUUUGGUAAAAUGUUCCUUUAAGAAAUAAGAGCAGGUUGAUUUGGGAAGCUACAUCAAGUUUUGCUGAGGAAAAUUAUAAGUACAUAUGAAGGAUCUCUGCAGUCCAAAUGCUAAAGUCUUCCUGAUUUUACUGAAGCUCUGAUUUAUCUUUUUAUUGUGACAAAGCUGAUUUAUACGUAGUUUGUGUUAUAGAUUCAUGGGUACAAUUAAUUGUUUUAAUUGUGUAUUUAUGGUGUUUUGUUUUGUUUGGGUUUUAUAAUAAAAUGCAGUGAUUGACAAAAACUAUGGAAAUGCUAAUAAAUCUGAACUAUCAACACUA